AUGAAUGAUCCUAAAGCUCUUGUCGACAAAUUUGCUGGGACAUCUGAGGUAUAUUAUCUACUUACAUUUAACUUGUGAAUUAUACCCUGUGACUUCCUAACUUCAUUCCCUUCAGUGAAUGUUAACUGUUUUUUCUGACAUAACUCUUAGACUCAACUCCUAGACCACAUUAUGGAGACAUCGUGGCUGAGUGGUUAGAGCGCUGUACUUGUAAUCCAUAGGCCUCGUGUUCAAGUCUUGCCCUGACUGCUAGCUGGAUUUGUUCACGGUAGUCCCGAGUUCAAAUCCUUGGCUAUGCUUGUAAAAUAGCCAACUGGUUUGCCGCCAGCCAGUUGUAAUUUUUAACCUUGUUAUGUUCCACUUGAAUUUGUUUUUUUCAUUAUUCCUGAAAAGCCCCAUAAGGGGCGAGAGGAUAAUUAAGUAUUUUAUUUAAUAUCCAUUUGUUAUUAUUUUGUCAUUCUAACUUGUAAAUCUCUGUGCCCGAUGCUAUGGCAUUUCCAUUCAAAUGAUUAAGCUCUUUGGUAGAGAUCUUGUGUUGUACUAGUAACUUCUUAGAAUUUUACUGAUUCUUUUUGCUCACUGUUAAGAGUGAAAGGGUUACCAUUUAAGCCCUCAUAGUGGCCAGCAUCAAAUUUCUCCAAACAGUAUCAUCGCCAAAUUCAAAUGUACAGGUAUAGAGAAUGAAUGAAAUGAUCAGCACUGAUAAAAAAUGUCUUGAUAUUUGAACAGUACAAUAAGUAUCAUAUGGAGAACAUUGAGGAGAAUAUACAUGUUGAUAUCAAGGCUGAAAGGGGUAAAGGAAAUUAGUAAAAUCCAACUACUGGUCUAUUAUCAAUGCUGUAUUCUGAUUGGUUGAGCUACUAAUAGGCUGUUUGGCGGCAAAAAGGGAUUAAAGUCUAGCUUUAACUAGCUAAAGUUGUUUUUUCUUGAUAUUUUUGACCAACUAGUUGUAUUUUACUAAAACAAUUUAUUAGCUAUUUAUUAUUCCUCUUGCCCUCAUGGCCUCUGAGUCAAUAGCCCAUUUGGCCUUUGGCCUCAUGGGCUAUUGACUCAGAGCCCAUGAGGGCUCGAGGAAUAAUUGUUAAUUAAUAGAGACUUAAAGAUGCCAUUUCCGUUUAAGUGUACACUGGGUAAAUUGUGCGUACCAGUUUAGUUGCAGAGGUAGACGUCCUCUUACCCUGGAGAAAGGGCUUAAUUUGCUUUCUCUCAGAAUCGUAUCUGAUCAUGAUCCUUUUCAUCUACAACUGUGACAGAAGGAGAGUGAGUCAGCAGACACAGCUGAGGCAGACAAUGGCCAACCUAUACACACUGACUUCAGAGAACUUUGACAAACAUGUGGAAAUUGGACUACAUUUUAUAAAGUUCUAUGUGCCAUGGUUUGUAGAGUCAAGGAUAAAGACUACUUUUGGUUUUGCUUUCCUCUUUGCUUUGUUCUCUUUUUGCAUCAAUUCAGUGUUUUUUUUCUUGACUGUCUUUUUUAUCAGGUGUAGCCACUGCCGCAAGCUUUCACUCACAUGGAAGGCAUUGGCUGAAUAUCACAAAGACAAUAUGGACAUCACAAUUGCUAAGGUGCAGUAAAACACCGCAGUUAUGUCUGUUUAUUUAUGUUAUUUAUAUGUUAUAAUUCACAAAGGUUUCCCAUCACUAUGAAUGUGCAAAAAAAAGUAAAUAAUAAAAUAAAAUGAUGAAUAAAAUCAAUGAGGGAGAUUUAAACAAUUAGUAACGGCAGAUUUAAAUGCGUCCACGGAAGGCUGAUCUAAUAAAAAGGAAGGUAAAGUGUUCUGUUACAAAACAGGUAUUAGAAGGCGGGGAAUUGAACUGCUAGAAAGUUUUUUGGUGCCUUUUUCCUCUGAAAGUAUCCUGGAAUAAGACUUAUAAUAGCGGAGUAUCUUUGGCCCCUGGCUAUCAGUGACUGGUCACCUCAUGUUUUUUUUGGUCUAAAGCUCGCUUUUACCAUCUGCUUAUCUUUGUUUAUUAUUUUUCAUUUUUUGCUUCAACUUUUUACAUAAUAACUCAUAAUUAGCUGUCAGGUUGCUAGAUAUUCUACCAAUUUCUUCUUUUUAUCACCAUAAGAAAUACAAAGGAGCAACCAAAAGGGAGAAGGCAUAGUUUUAAGGGUAAUUAAUUACAGCUGUAUGUGAUUGGUUAAUCGUAUUUCAUUUUCCCUUUACUUCUAGGUAAAUUGGUUUCCAGUCUUUUCCAAUCGAAUAUCAUGAAACGCACACGAAGUAAUAAACUGUGGGCUGGCGAAUACUAACGAGCGCAGACAUUCAAAUGAACCAGUCAAAUUCAAGAUAGAUAGCCCUCGCCAAGCGUGGGAACGCGCUUAUCAGCAAGUUAUGUUUUUUUUUUAUAAAUUCUGAUUGGUUGAGAAAGGGGCGCAGGAGUUUAUUUAGCCAAUCAAAACGCGUAGCAACGCAAACAACGAACACGUUUAAUCGCUUUACGUUGUGUUUUUUUUUUAAAUUUAUUUUUUCCUGUAUUCUUCUUUCUUACAGAUUCAUUGCACAACUGAAGGGAAAAAGUGCACAGAGCAUAAGAUUCAUGCGUUUCCUUCACUUAAACUGUUUAAAGAUGGCAGGGAGGUUUGUAGUGGCGAGUCAAUUUUAAAAAUACGCGUGCUCUAGUCUAUAGCUUUCAGUCAAAAAGGGCGAUAUUUUUAUUCGCUCUGACGAAAGGCUAGUGGUCGAACCAAAGCUUUCAUUUUUAUGCUAUUGGUUCACCUCAAUGCUCCAUUUUUUGCACUAAAAUGCUCGAUCCCCCCUAAAAAGGUUUCCAUAAGGCUCGGAUAAUGCUCGUCAUAAAGACGUUAGACUGCGAGCAGUCUCUCUUUUUCUUCAGAUUUAGUGAGAGCAAUGCACGCGCGCGGAGCAGCGAAGCCGUGAGACGCGCGAAUCGAGGGCAGCAGUCCAUGCCUCUCCCGUCUCGUGCCAUCAGUCACGCGCGUGGCCAUUUGGGCGUUUUGCUCGACGGACUACAGAAAAAAGAGAGACUGUUCGUAGUCUAUAAAGACGUUAGAUGUAAGAUCUGUAAAGUACAAGCGCGAUAUUUUUGUUUUAGGUGGACAGCUAUGAAGGAUCACGUUCCCUCGACGAUCUUAAGAACUACUUGACUUUGAAGAUCUCUGAACACAGCUUGUUAAGCAGUGCAACGACGGAGAAUAGCGAAACAGCUGAGGAGAUACCUUCUGAUGAACUAGACUUACAGGUAUUCAUGCCGACGUUUCUAAGGCUGUGUUCACACUGUAAUCGAUACUAUUGCGCUAGCACGAAAACCGUACCGGGCAGGGCUUCUGUUCACGCAAAAGAGCGGUGAUUUCGGCGCGAUUUCUGUAACGGAGCGAAGCUGCGCCGAUCUCAAAAGUGGAGCGUCACAUAUUGGAUAAGUUGUGUGCCACACUUUGGUGCUGUUGGAAAAGGUACUCGAACAUGGCCGAAAUGAUUAACUAUCAACGAGGACUGGAAUCCACUGAGACGGAAGUAAAUCAGGAAACCUGGAAGUAAAUAUUAAGGUUGAAGAUUUGGAUCUGGGACACCAAAUCCUCACGGCCAACUGCUCCGGCUUAACCCUUUAAACCCUGAAAGUGAUCAGUGUCAAAUUUCUCCUUGUAACAUCAAUGCUUUGUAAAACAGAGUGGUCAUGAGAAUUAAGGACAUGAUCACACAAGAUGUAUCUGAUUGAUAUUUUAUCAACUUCUCCCCACUACUUCUAUGGUAAAUGAAUAGGGGCGACAAAUGAGAAUUUAAUUUUGAUCUUAGGGUUUAAAGGGUUAAAUGCGAUGUAUUUGAACGACCUAUUCCAGUUCCGGUCUGUUGCUGUGUGUUGUUGAGGUAUGGUGUGCACAUAGCCUAAACUAAUAAACUUUUAUAAUUUGAAUGAUUAAUAGCCUUACCAUUUAAGAAAGUCUUUGGCUUGUUAUGCUCUGAGUUUAUAGCGGAGAAAAUGAAUAUCUUAGCCUUCGGUGGGAUUCGAAUCCAACACCUCCCAUAAUCCGGGCGGUCCCUCGAACCACUGAGCCCACUAGAGGAUCAUAGAAAGCUAAGCUGUGUACCUUUUUCAUGUAUGACGCAUGUCCUGUAACACUCUGUAUGCUGUUAGGAUCGUCUGUGUCGAAUGCGUCCUUUAUGCUCCGUGAAUAGGCGACAAAAGUGAAAUGUUCAUUAAGUUCAUCAUGUUUCAUUUCAGAUCAAACCGACAGUAAUUUUGAUGCAAUGAUUAGUUUUGGCACAACAUUUGUCAAAUUUUACGCCUCUUGGUAAGUGUGCUUUACUGGUGGUAACCCUGUUUUGCUUGUGUCUUGGUAAACUUGUUUUGCUUGCUGCUUCCUUUUAAGCACGUCCCCAAUCUUUAAGUCCAAUUCAAAAUAUUCUCAACUUUCUCUGGACUUUUUUACGUAAGAAUUUCUACUACUUUUACUGUAAAGCGAAAUGCUUACAACGUCACCCAUUUUUGUUCUUGUUGUCAUGGUUACAGGUGCCGUCACUGCCGAGAACUUGCACCUCUUUGGGACCAGCUCGCUAACAAAUGCGCAGAUAGUUCGUCUGGACCAAGAAUUGCUAAGGUUUGUAAUUAA